AUGGCUCUCCACCACAUCAAGUCUGGCGCUGAGCUCCAGACGCUCCUCGAGAACACAACCUACGUCGCCGUCGACUUCUACGCCGACUGGUGCGGCCCUUGCAAGGUCAUCGCUCCCGUCUACGAGAAGCUCGCUGCCAAAUUCUCUGUUCCCGGAAUCCUCGCCUUUGCCAAGGUCAACGUCGACACUGUGCAGGACGCCGCCAGCAAGUACCGUGUGUCUGCUAUGCCCACGUUUCUCUUCUUCAAGGAGAAGGAGCAGGUUGCUGUCAAUGGCCAGGCUGCUAUCAUGGGAGCCAACCCGCAGGCUUUGAAUGCUGCUGCUGAGAAGCUCGGCGGACUGGCGCAGAAGCGUCUGGCUGAGAGAGAGGCCGCCAACGCCAACUAG